CCUCUAGAGCUAACUAAUGUCGCUAACAUUUUCUCCUAACGGACCACGAUGGUUGAUCUGAAUGAAGCUUUUAGUUCUGAGAGUGUCGUCGGGAAGAAUACCUUCGGAUCAAGUGAUGGGUAAAAGCAAAUUCUCAUUGUUCCCGAGGUCUCAACUUGGUUGUUCUUAGAUAUAAAGUCAAACAAUUCUGGCCAACCAGAACGUAUAAUUUGAGUUACAGGUUAAUGGGUUUCCCUCGAUCCUAUAGUAUAAUAAUAACAUGGGAUCUUAUAUGGUUCAUACAACAUCAAAAAUCGCGUCGCUUGCAAAAUGGGGGAAAGUUACUUGUGCACGUAAACUGUUCGAUGAAAUGCCCCAAAGAGACACGGUCGUCUGGAACACAAUGCUCACUUCUUAUACCCAUCUUGGUCUUUUCCAAGAAGCUCUGUUACUCUUCCACGAAAUGACAGGAAUUAACAGUAUCAAACCUGAUCAUUACUCGUUUACAGCAACUUUGAGUGCAUGUGCUGGAUCAGGUAAGCUGCGUUAUGGACAAAAGAUCCAUGCUUUGAUUCUUUCUGCUGGAUAUUCUUCUUCACUUCCAGUUAACAAUGCCCUAAUUGAUAUGUAUGCCAAAUGUUUGAGCCCUUGUAGUGCACAUGAUGUGUUUGAAGAAAUUGAGAUAAAAAACAAUGUCUCUUGGUGUUCUUUGCUGUUUGCUUAUGUUAACUCCAAUCAAUUUCAAUCUGCCCAAAGUGUUUUUGAUGCAAUGCCAAAUAGGAUAAACAUUGCUUGGAAUACUCUGAUUGCAGGUCAUGCUCGACAUGGCAAUGUCAAUUCUUGUGUUGAUUUGUUCAAGAGGAUGAUGACUGAAUCAUGUGAUGAAAUUCAAGAUCAAUGGACAUUCAGUGCACUCAUGAAUGCUGCUACUGAAUCACACGAAUAUCACAUUGGUUGCAUGUUUCAUGCUAUUGUCAUCAAGAAAGGAUGGGAUUCAGCAGUUGAAGCAAACAACUCGAUUCUUAGUUUCUAUGCACAUUUAAGUAGUCCAGAAGAUGUACUGAAAAUCUUUGAAUCCAUUGACACUCUCACUCAAGUUUCUUGGAAUGCAAUAAUAGACGCGCAAAUGAAAAUAGGAAAUACCCAAAAAGCCCUUAUCACAUUUCACAAUGCUCCUGAAAAAAACGUUAUUUCAUGGACUUCAAUGAUAUCAGGGUAUGUUAGAAACGGAAAUUCUGAAGAAGGAAUACGUUUUUUUGUCAAUAUGAUAAGAUCCAACCUCCUUCCUGAUGAUUUUUCUUUAGGAACAGUUCUCCAUGCUUGUUCUCUCAUCGCAACAUUAGGCCAUGGAAAAAUGAUUCAUAGUCUUGCAAUUCGACAUGGAUUUCACUCUUAUGCUUACGUUGGAAAUGGAUUGGUUAACAUGUAUGCAAAAUGUGGAGAUAUUUUUGGUUCUUUCCAAUCUUUCAAUGAUAUAAUCGAAAAAGAUUUGGUUUCAUGGAACACAAUGUUGAUUUCAUAUGGUCUACAUGGAUGGGGUGAUAAAGCCCUAGAGAUUUAUGACAAAAUGAUAUCAUCUAAUUUGAAACCAGAUAAUGUGACAUUCAUAAGCCUACUAAUGACUUGUAGCCAUUUAGGGUUUGUUGAAAAGGGUCGAGAUUUUUUCCAAUCGAUGAGUGGGGUCCACGGGUUGUGUCCUGAGGUAGAACAUGUGGCAUGUAUGGUGGAUAUGUUGGCUCGAGGAGGGGAGUUGGAAGAAGCAAGAGAGAUGGUGGAAAGUUACAGAAGGAGACAUGGUGAAAUGGGGAAGUCGAGUGAGGGUGUUUUUGGAGCUUGUUAUGCACAUGGUGAGUUGGAGAUGUUGGAAGGUGAAAGUGAGAUGAGUUAUGUGGUGCUUUCGAAUUUGUAUUGUGUAAAGGGGAAGUGGAAAGAAGCUGAAAUGGUUAGGAAAGCUAUGGCUGAUGAAGGGGUGAAGAAGAUGCCUGGUUGUAGUUGGAUUGAAGUUAAAAACAAGGUGGUGGCUUUUGUUGCUGGUGGGAGUUUAUGUGUAGAGAAGGAUGACAUGUCUUCUAUUAUAUACUUGCUUGAAUAUCAAUUGAAGAAUCCAUGGUGAUGGAAGUAAUUAAAGAUGAUGUCGAGUUUUGAGAUCUUUUUUAUCUCCGAGUUUAAGUUAAAGAUCAAGAUGGAAAUAUAAACCUCAAGAGAAGUAGAAACUAAGAAAGACACACAUAUGAUGACUAUUGAGUGUAUUACAUGAGAAAAUCAAAUUCUAUAGGAGAAUAUCAAGCAAUUAGCAAGCUUGUGGAUUUGUGUAAAGAUUGAUCUUCAAAACGGUCUGAUGAUGGAAACAUUUAUAUGUGUACAUUUAUAAUAUGUUUGUCUAAGAACAUUUUCCAUAACAUUAUUUUAAAAAGUAAAUAGAAGUAAUUUUGCUCA